AUGGCGGCCGUGGGCGGGCUCUUCUGUGCCGUCUCUGGCAGUUCCGAGGUUUCGAAGUCGAUGUACAACGAUGCCCGGAGGUUAGUGCUGGCCUCGUUCAACAGGAGAAACAUUCUUGGGGAUGUGUCCGCGACCUCUGAAGACAAGCUCAUGACGGUGAAGACUGUACGUGACACCUGCUCCUUGUCGACGUUUAUUGACCGGAACAGUUUGUUCUCCUUGCUCUCUAUGGACUAUGCAGUGGUGACAAAAGGAGCUACGAAUUUACCGAGGCUUUUCACGCCCACCUAA